AUGUCUCAUAAGAACUGUUUUGAGGCAUUGGAUAAAACACUCAAAGAUGUCAUGAGCAAACAAGAUGUUGCGAAUAAAAUCUUUGGUGGCAAAGUUGUUGUUUUUGGAGGAGAUUUUAGACAGAUACUUCCAGUUGUUCCAAGAGCGGGGUGUUCUGAUAUUGUCCAUGCAUCAAUAUGCUCAUCAUAUGUAUGGGACUAUUGUCAAUUUCUAACACUAACAAAAAAUAUGAGGCUGCAGCAGGGAAGAGAUAAUACAAGUUCAAAUGAAUUAGCUGAGUUUUUAAAAUUGAUCUUAAAUGUUGGGGAUUGUAAGAUAUGUGAACCAAAUGAUGGAUUGGUUGAGAUAGAGAUUCCUCGAGAAUUGUUGAUAUCCAAUUUUGAGGAUCCUAUAAAAGCUAUUGUUGAUAGCACAUAUCCCAAUUUUCGUGAUAAUUUUCAGGAUGUUGGUUACCUACAAGGAAAAGCUAUUCUUGCAUCAACCAUUGAAGUUGUGGAAAAAAUCAACCACUAUGUACUGGACAUGAUACCAGGUAAUAUAAUUUUAACUUUAAUCUAUAUAUAUGCACAUAACUUCCAACAACAAAUUUUUAUCAUGUUGGUUCUAUUAAUGUAUUAA